GCAGUGUGCGUUUUAAGACGUGUUUUGGAGACGGGUGUAUUAAUGGAAACCGUCUAAUUAGUAUAGCUAUAUUUGAAUGCUUUGUCUAAAUGCGGCCUGGAUUUUCCCGCCUUGUUUGACAUCCAGCUGAAGCUUCAAGUUAGCUAGCCUGGCAGCUGUGUCAUAUUGACUAUGUAUUUUUGCAGCAUAUGUGGAGAAUCGGUUCAGUCCGUGAAAGCUUAUGUUUUGCAUUGCAGACUGCAUCGUAAUGAACCCCGGUGUAUUUUUAAAUGUGUUGAAGUAAGUUGUAAGCAGGUGUUUUCUGGAUAUGCUGCUUUAAAGUCUCACUUCUACCCCCACCACACUGGUACCGCAACUGUUUCUCAGAAUGCUACCUUAAUGGGUUUGAAUUGCACUGUCUCACUUUGUGAACGCCAAUGUGAGGGAACUAAAGCUUUGAUUGCUCACUUAAAGGAACACAUAGAAGAGGGACGGCAUGUAACUUGUCCAGUGAGAGGAUGCCAAAGUGUGUUCUCUGUAAAAUCUACAUUUACCUCCCAUAUGUCUAGAAAACACAAACGUUUGGAAAAUGUGAUUUGUGGUUUAAACAAAGAUACUCAGUCAGAGAGUCCAUCUACAAGUGCCACCAUACAGGAAGGUGCCAGUGUAUCAGAUACAGAAGACCCUGGUAUGGAUGGGUCUAAUUUCAGUGACCUGUAUCUCAGAAAUGUAUGUAUGUUUUACAUCAAACUACAGGGACAGCAUCUUCUGCCAGCAUCUACCAUUCAAACCAUUGUUGAAGAAAUACAAAAUAUACAUGAAUUGGGACAGAUGUAUACAUUGAAUAGACUAAGCUCACUUCUAAAAGAUAUGUCAGUUUCAGAUGAAGACAUUAUAAAAAUCUGUGACACAGUAAAACAAUCUGACUUGUUCUCAGCUUGUCACACAGGGCCCAUGAGAACUGCUUAUUCAAGAGUUCAGUGCUUUAAAGAUGUGUUCAAGUAUGUUGAACCCAGAAAAGUGUUUUUGGGCAGGGACGAGAACAGGAUGGAGAGAUUUGCCUAUUAUGUUCCUCUGCUAAAUACUUUGAAGAGUAUGCUCGAAUCAAGUUUUUGGCAAGGUCUCAUAUCAGUGGAUCCUAAUAAUGUUUCAAGACCAGAUGUUCUCAGGGACUGUUGUGAUGGUAACGUGUUUGUGUCAAACAAAUUUUUUCAGGAAAAUCCACAUUGCCUGAAGCUGGUUCUAUACCAGGAUGCAUUUGAAGUAGUGAACCCACUUGGUUCUGCAAAAAAGAAGCACAAGGUUUUGGCUGUGUACUUCUCUCUACUCAACAUCCCCCCCCAUGCCCGGUCAAAUGCUGAUCAUAUGCAGCUAGUCUUACUGUGUAGGGAGAAGGAUUUCAAGGAAUUUGGCCAUGAAAAUGUUUUUUCAGAACUCCUGACUGAUUUGAAGGUACUAGAGGAGAAUGGGAUAACAGUGGCAGACAAACCUGUUGUGAAAGGAGCGCUCUACUGCAUUGCUGGAGACAACCUGGGCUCUCAUUGUAUUGGGGGUUUUACAGAAAAUUUCAGUUCAUCAGUGUACUUAUGCAGAUAUUGUCUGUUAACUCGAACUGAAUUUCAGGGUGCUGAUCCAGCAGUGUGUGGACCUCAGCGGACCCCAGAAACGUAUAGAUCUGCCACUGAACAGCUGGAAAGAGAAGACGUGUCAGAAGUUCAGGGGAUAAAGUUCAGAUAUGGCUGAAUCGCAGGUGCUUAUCUUAAAGAACAUAGGGGAUGCAAUUGCAGGAGUGCUUCCGGACCUUCCUGAUCAACUUCUCAAGUCAGUAGAAGAUACUUUGAAAACACUUGGUGCAGAAACCACAGAUGAUUUAAAGUACAUUACAGAAAAUGACCUGCUGCCAGUGCUCAAGCCCAUACAAGCCAGAAGACUAGUGGCUGCCUGGACCCAAAAUGUGGAUGUCCUUCUUUCUCCACCCUCAAUUUCUUCUUCACCAACAUCAUCCACCACUACUUCAUCACCUUCAGGAAUCUGUACACCAAACUGGGUAGAGAGAUUUGAGAUACCAUGGCAGAGGCUCCCUGAGGAGUUGGUACAGAACUUGGAAAGACAGAAAAGACCAAGCGCAAGACAAAGACGAGAAAUGGUAAGGAUUGUGGUCUCUGAAAUGAUGAAGAUUUGUAAGAAUCCAACCAAACACAAUACUACAGAGAUAGCAAAAAGGAUGGUGGCCAAGUAUCCCAAGUCUCUUCAAGAUGUGAUUGAUGGUGAUGUUAUUGGACCUGGAUAUCAUUCCCUGGUAAAGCAACUUCAGGCAAGAGUUGAAAAUGUCAAGCGACCUGACACACCAAAGGUAAAAAAACGCAAAGCAAUAUCAGAUGACGGCAACGACACAGACGAAAUACCAGCUGAACAAAAAGCAAGGGUUCAAGACACAUAUGGCUGUAUUAGCUGGGAGCCAAAGCAUUUGCCACUCUCUGAGACUGUGGAGAGUCAACUUGAAAAAAAAGAAGAAAUGAAGAAGCUGUUUAAAAAGAAUAACUAUAGUACAGAUGUUGUGAAAGAACUAGUCACGUGCACCUAUUACACGCAGCGUAAAGACAUCAAUAAAGGGGCAAGCAUCCAGAAGCUAUGCCAGGAAUGGCCCUUUCUCUUCAAUGAAGUUGGUAUGACUGCACAUUUCCAAGAACUGACUGGUGUGAAUCUGAUGGAGACCUUCCUUGCCAAUGUAGACAAAAAGGGUGCACGUCUGUUAAAGUUCCUCAAAUAUGUUGAUGCACAAAAGCACAAGCAAGUCCUGAAUGCUGUUCUCAAACUUCAGACUGAAAGAGGUCAGUCCAGUGGUUGCUUGCAAGAAGUCAUUGAGAUGAUGCUUCUUUUACUGGCUCAUUUUGACGAGAAGGAAGAGCUUCUGUUCCACUGCGUUGAGAUGACAAGCCUUGCAGAAGAUGUUCAGAUGGAGAAAGUACCACCAACACCCUUCAUCAUUGUUUGCGGUUCCUCCUGCUUCGCUGCUGAGACAUUCAUGUUGAGCAUUGACAAGAAGAUUGUCAACGACCGCAUCGCAACCUUCACCUCUGCUAUCUGCCUAAUGUUUGGCAGUUACUACUGCUUUAACAUACACUACCCUGUGGAACUACGAUCAACACUGGAGUUCCUUCAACGGUGUUUCUUUUCCAUAAAUCCUGAGAGAGGCACCAAGGUUGAAUCCAAGAAGAAAAAAGUGUUCUCAGUCAAUCCCAGAGUCCUCACUCUCAUCUCAGACAUUGCUGACCAUGAGUGGAUCUAGUCCUACCCCUCUUGUUUGAGACAAAGUGAUAAAGGUAUACUAUGUUACAUACUCUACAGAUGUUCUGUUUUUGAAACAAUUGUUACAUUUCUGACUGUGAGUGGGAAGUUUUUAACAAUGUGAAGUUUUACUAGACACAAUUUGUAAAAGUACAUGUUCUACUUUUGAUUCACUGUUUUAUAUCUGAAAAAUGUAUAUGGUAAAAAUGUGGUAAACCUGCUAUUUUGUUUCUUGGAUUUUAAUUUUCCCAGUUUUAAAGAUAUUUGUAUUCCAAUAGUGUAAAAGUAUGCUGCAUGUACAUUGCUGGCAUUUUGUAGUUAUCCAAAAAUUUGCAGUUGAAGUUCUCAAAACAAGUGUAAAGUUUUUGUUUGUUACCUGAUGCAGUUUGAAGAUGUACAUUUCAGCUUUACUGCUCAGUUCUGUGUGCAAAAUAUGUGGGUUAAACUUGUUCCUGUAAUUUCUUCAAUUCAGAUUUUCUUUCAAUUAUAGAAAAAAUGUUUCAUUCUCUAUAUUUGUAUUCGGAUCAUUUGAAAAGUCAAGAUUCUAUGUGUACUGACAUUUAUGUAGUGAGAACAGCACCAAAAACACUUGAAGGUGUCUGAAUUGUCCGCUAAAGGUAAUGUGAAAUAUAAUGUGUGCUCAACUUACAGCACUGGUUUUGCACAGUUUGAACAGAACUUGUGAGAAUUCUGUGAUUCCAUACUGUUACUGUCAUGGAGAUAACUAGUAACUAUUUCUGAUUUGUUUAGUAAAAAUGUAAACGUUUGAUGUUCAAAACAUCAAAGAUGUUAAAUAAAAUACUUUUUUGGAAAUUUAA